AUGGUCUACUACUUCACCUCAAACGUUGUCAGUCCGCCUGCGUUCAUCUACGUUGGAAAGGACAAGUUCGAGAAUGAGGACUUGAUCGAGUUUGGAUUGGAGUCAGAUGUCUGGUACGUGUUCGCUAUUGAUUUGCCUUCUCUCCAAAGACUAACAACUCUCAAUAGGUUCCACGUCGAUAACUUGUCCAGCGCUCACGUCUACGUACGCUUACGGGAUGGAGAAACGUGGGAUCAGAUCCCAGAGAAGCUUUUGGAGGAUUGCGCACAGUUGACCAAAGCCAAUUCGAUUGAGGGAAACAAGAAGGAUAAUAUAACAAUCAUCUACACACCAUGGUCCAACCUACAGAAAGAUGGCUCUAUGGCUACCGGACAAGUCUCGUUCCACAACCCGAAGCUUGUCCGCAAGGUGCUCGUGCGCGCACGCGAGAACCCGAUCGUCAACCGACUCAACAAGACCCGUGUCGAGAAGUUCCCCGAUUUCCGCGCCGAGAAGGAGGAAUAUCUGAAGAAGAAGCGCCAACUCGAGCGGAAGGCUCGUGAACAGCUGAAGGAGAAGGAGAAGCAGGAGAAGAGGGAGCGCGAACAACUCAAGUGGCAGAAGGACCAUGCAUAUGAUGAUAUCUUCAGUGAGGAGAACAUGGAGGGCAGCAGCAACCAGGACCGGGACCCGGAUUUCCUUGACGACUUUAUGUAA